AUGGACAAUGAGGAAAUCCCAUCAGCACCUUCUACUCCAGCAACACCAGGUACUCCUGGUGCUCCUCUUUUUGGUGGAUUCAAAUCUGAAAGACAUGGAAAUGGUAGAAAGAACUCAUUACUCAAGAGUUUGAAAUGUUUUAAUGUUCAAGAAUGGACUUUGGAAGAUGGUGCCUUACCUAAAGUCUCUUGCUCUUUGCCUCCCCCUCCUGUCCCUCUUGCCAAAAAGGUUGGAGCAGAGUUUAUAGGCACAUAUAUUCUAAUGUUUGCUGGAAUAGCCACUGCAAUUGUGAACCAAAAGACACAUAAUUCAGAGACACUAAUUGGAUGUGCUGGAGCUACUGGACUUGCUGUUAUGAUCAUUAUUUUAUCAACCGGUCAUAUUUCUGGUGCUCAUCUCAAUCCUGCUGUCACCAUUUCAUUCGCCGCACUAAAGCACUUUCCCUGGAAAAAUGUGCCUUUGUAUAUUGGCGCACAAGUUUUAGCUUCAAUAUGUGCUGCAUUUAGUCUGAAAGGAGUUUUUCAUCCAUUCAUGAACGGUGGAGUCACUGUUCCCACGGUUGAAUAUGGCCAAGCUUUUGCUUUAGAGUUCAUUAUCAGCUUUAAUCUCAUGUUUGUUGUCACUGCAGUUGCAACCGACACAAGAGCUGUGGGAGAGCUUGCGGGAAUCGCGGUGGGAGCCACCGUCAUGCUCAACAUACUCAUUGCUGGGCCUGCAACUGGAGGUUCAAUGAAUCCAGUGAGAACAUUAGGCCCAGCAAUUGCUGCAAACAACUACAAAGGCAUAUGGUUAUAUAUCAUAGCUCCUAUUCUUGGAGCUUUGGCUGGGGCAGGUGCCUACACUGCUGUUAAACUUCCUGAUGAAGAAUUCAACUCUGAAGUGAAAGCCUCUUCUGCCCCUGGAAGCUUCAGAAGAUGA